AUGGACUCUGAAGGCGAGGCCAACACUGCGCCCUCUACUGAGGAGCGACGCAACGUCCAGGUCGACAAUGCCAUUCGCGCCAUUCAGGAGAAGAAGCCGGUCCCUGAGAUCGAUUUUACCAUUCACACCAUGGAGGACAACACCCAGGUCAGCACCUUGGAGCGUGUGUGCAAAGAUGUCCAAGCACCUGCCAUGUACAAGCCUACCGACGAGCAAUUCUUCGAUGAUGACACUCAUUCCAAGCCCAACCUUCAGUUUCUUAAGCAGCAUUUCUAUCGUGAGGGCCGUCUUACCGAAGAGCAGGCUCUUUGGAUUAUCAGGAAGGGUACCGAACUUCUGCGCGCCGAGCCCAACCUCCUGGAGAUGGACGCUCCCAUUACUGUCUGUGGUGACGUGCAUGGACAGUACUACGAUCUGAUGAAGCUGUUUGAAGUCGGAGGUGACCCCGCUGAGACCCGAUACCUCUUCCUCGGUGACUAUGUCGACCGAGGCUACUUCAGCAUAGAGUGUGUCCUCUACCUCUGGUGUCUGAAGAUCCAUUACCCCAAGACCCUCUGGCUGUUGCGAGGAAACCAUGAAUGUCGCCAUUUGACUGACUACUUCACCUUCAAACUCGAAUGCAAGCAUAAAUACUCAGAGACUAUCUACGAGGCCUGCAUGGAGUCGUUCUGCGCUCUUCCCCUUGCUGCUGUUAUGAACAAGCAGUUUCUUUGUAUUCAUGGUGGAUUGAGCCCCGAGUUGCAUACACUCGACGACUUGAAGAGCAUUGAUCGUUUCCGCGAGCCCCCUACUCAGGGUCUUAUGUGCGACAUCCUCUGGGCUGAUCCUCUCGAAGACUUCGGCCAGGAGAAGACAAGCGACUAUUUCUUACACAACCAUGUCCGAGGAUGCUCAUACUUCUUCUCCUAUCCAGCUGCUUGCGCCUUCUUGGAAAAGAACAACCUUCUUUCUAUUAUCCGUGCUCAUGAGGCCCAAGAUGCCGGUUAUCGCAUGUACCGCAAGACCCGAACCACCGGUUUUCCAAGUGUUAUGACUAUUUUCUCCGCCCCCAAUUACCUCGAUGUCUAUAACAACAAGGCAGCAGUACUCAAGUAUGAGAACAACGUUAUGAACAUUCGUCAGUUCAACUGUACUCCUCAUCCUUACUGGCUACCCAACUUCAUGGACGUUUUCACCUGGUCUCUUCCUUUUGUUGGAGAGAAGAUCACCGAUAUGCUCAUCGCCAUUCUCAGCACCUGUUCUGAGGAGGAACUUAAAGAAGAGACGCCCUCCUCAACCUCGCCUGGCCCCGCUUCGCCAGCUUUGUCCAACGACCCUGAGUCGAUUGAAGUGCGACGCAGAGCCAUCAAGAACAAGAUUCUCGCCAUCGGUCGGCUGUCUCGUGUAUUCCAGGUGCUUCGCGAGGAGUCGGAGAAGGUCACAGAACUCAAGACUGUAUCUGGUGGAAGACUGCCCGCGGGAACACUCAUGCUUGGUGCCGAAGGCCUCAAGAACGCAAUCAAUGGAUUCGAGGAUGCGCGAAAGGUUGAUUUACAAAACGAGAGGCUGCCGCCCACUCACGAAGAAGUCGUCAAGCACCAGGAGGAGGAGCGAAACACCGCGCUUCAGAAGGCUGCCGAGGAUGCCAACAAUGACAAGAAAUUGCAGCAGCUCUCCAGAAGACUCAGCACCAACGAAAAGUCAGGUUGUUAUUACUGGUCCCACGCUCUGAACUUGGACAAGGGACAAGGCAGGAUAGACGACAACGGCGUUUUCCUGAGUGCCAAGUAG